CUCAUGAACUUUGCUCAAGGUUUUAUAAAGACCAAGAAGCAGGCUUUCUUCAAGACAAUCUACUCUCAGUCUUCGAGUGAGCACUGCAGUUUGAAGUUGGUGAAGAAGUAAUCAGUAUUUGCAGUACAUAAAGUACAGGGAAGAAUCACUUCUGUCAUGGACUCCAACACGGCUGGUGCCCAAUACAACCGCUGGAAUGAAGACAACAUCAAUCUGAAUGUGGCUGGAACAGGUGUAACUGGGGUCUACAACAGAUACUGCACGGGAACCCUGGGGAUAGCACUCAAAGUGGGAGGAGCUGUGGCUGCUCUGGUGGCUGUCUACAUGAUAGGAUAUGUUACUGGAUAUUACGUCCACAAAUGCUGAGUAGCCACUGACUGGAAGAUCCUUGCUCUGUGAGGAAGUACCUUCGAAGGAUUGAUUAUUUUCCAAAUAUUAUUAUUUAAAUGUCCAAAUGAUGAAUAUAAAAGGAUCCUAAAAUACUUAAAAAGAUAAUUGGACACAUUUGAAAUGUCAUUAGUCAGGAAAUACUUUUUGCCUUUUUAGAAACAUUGUGAUUGCAGUUGGCUUGUUGUAAAGAGGAUUUACAGCUACCCUUUAGCUUUGUGAAAUGUCCGAGCUUCUAAUCAAGCAUCUAAUUAAGUCCAAAAAUAUGAACAUAAUGUUUGACUUACAGUGCUUGGUAUUCAAUAUGUUCUUGUCACUAAGUGAUAUUUUAUAAAUUUCUGAUGUUUUUUCAAGAUUGUACUACAAGGCUUGUUUUGUUAGCCUAUGCAACUAACACAUGAAGGCCACUUGGCUUCAAUAUUUGAAUGAAAGAACACAGCCAAUAAAAAGCUGUUGAAAAUUUUAA